GUAAAUUCUGAAGGAACGGGAGACCUUCAUGUAAUUACCGUCCCAAUGGGUCGUUCAAACACCCAUUCCCGUGCACCUGGAACCUCAACAGCAUCUCUGGGUAAACCACCAGAUUAUUUUUUAGUUGCAGAAAAACCUCCUAGUUAUGAAGAAGCUAUGUCCAUGCUACCACCUUGUAGAGCCAAUCAGUCAGGAGCUCUUCAGCUGAAUGCAGAUGGUGGCUUAGAGGACUUUCUUGCCCCACAUCAAGUACCAGAAAAUUAUGUUGAGGGUGCCACUGGAGGGGACUCCCCACAACCUCAGUGUACCAGGUCUGAGAAUGUUCAGAGUGGUGGCCAAGAGAGUCCACUCAGUCCACCAUCCCCACCUCCUGCAUAUUCAAGCCAAAUGUCCCUUAGUGCCUCACCAUGCAGCAGUAACUGUAGCAACCAUACAUCACCCGAAAUGGAGAGUGGGAGCCAUAAUCUUUCAAUAAUCAGCAGGAGUACAGAGACUGAUGGCCAACCACAUGUUCAGGAAGUGCAGGCCAGUGAGCAACAUAAGUCUGCAAAGAAGGGGUCAAAGCAAUCAUCUAUGGACAAAUCAGAGAAAGUGGUAGAGAUAACUUCACCUGAAGCUGAAGAGAAGGAGUGAUUUCUCAGAUCUUCCUUGAGGGUUAUUACGUGAGUGAGUUCCCCUUAACCUUACCAGUGAUUAAAGUGGAUAAUAUAAAUCCAUGUUUUAUAGGUGAUAGUAGACCUAACAAGUAGGAUAUAAUCUUUGGACUUUGUAUUUUCGAAGUCAAGAGUUAACAUUGAUGAUUUCCAUUUCGUAGGAAAAUGCUUCCCACAGUUAGACCUGCUGGGGGAACUAAUGACACUGUCACUUUAAAAUUAUAAUAGAAAGAAAAAUCUACAUAAGUGAUAAAUAGAACAGGCUGGAUGUUUAGUUUGAUGACACACAGGCUAUAUAGGUCUCUGGCAUUAAUAUUUUGGAUUAGAGCAAUGUUCUGAUUAUUUUCAGAAAGUUAUGUUGUUAUGUUUUUUCUCUUGUAUGUGUUGUGCAGUAUUUAAGGUGCUAAUACAGCUAUGUUAUUUUUUGCUUUUGUUGUAUGUUGUUAUGUGACUUUCUCAGAUGAUUUAAGUAUUCAGGCAGUUGCCUUAAUCCUUUCAUAUGAAACCUCAGGUUUAACAAAAUCAAGAUUUGUUUUUAUAUUAGAGUGCCAUUGUUCCUUAUAGUUCUGUAGAUUAUCUGGAGUUGUUUUGGAAGAAGGUGAAUUGAGAUUUAUUAUUGUUAUUUUUAUUAUUAAAACCAAUCUUUUGCAUUAUAUGCAUAUGUAGAGAUGAUAUGGAACAAGGCCUGCAUGAUGACUGUCCAAACUGUAAGUUUUAGAUUUUUUUUUUUUUUUUUUUUUUUUUUUUUAUAAAGUAUAUAUGCACUUUUCCCUUUUUUUAGGACUUUACAGGUACACAUAUUUACAUGCACAUGCAUACACAUGGGCAUAUACAGGUAUAGACACACCCACCCGUACACCUGUUGCCACAUGUACAUAAUAUUUACUCUUACACUCUCUAACUCUCAUUCUCUUUCACAUCAGCACACACACACAUGCAUGUACGCACACACACACGCACACACAUGCAUGCACGCACGCACGCACACAC